CAAACAUUUACAUCCGCCCUCUUCUCGGUCCGUUGUUGUCACAUAUAAAUGCUCAUGGGCGAAUAGGCAUCGCUUGAAGUCCGCUCUUGCCCGAUGCUGCAAGCUCGGUGGAGCUACCCCUCUUGGAGCUCUUCGGCAGUUGCAUAUCCGCCUUCUCCUAACCGUGGGCUGCGCAAUUGUAGGGCAUUCAGUUUCAAUCGGUUUCAUCAUCGAUUGGUCAAUGGCAGACGAGGUCUAAGAGAGGGGAUGUUCAGAAGCGAAUGAUGCAGUGCUCGGUGAGAUCCUGCAAGGUUGUGGGGUCGACGAGUGUGGGGUCAGUUGGAGAUGAUGUACUUCAACUACGCGGACCCCAUAUUCUCCAGCUUCCUCUUUCUUGACACAAUCUAUACGUUAUUUUGACUAUUCACUGCGAUUUACUUUCGCUGCAUACACCUAGUCAAUCAUAACUGAUUUCAACAUGCCCACCCAACUCGAAAAUCCUAAAGAGUACCAGAACAUCUUUCAUUGGGCGGAGACGCAGAAAGAUGGCAGUAUACCAUCCUUUGGGACUCGAAAGAAUGAUCCGUAUGAGUAUCAAUCCGGAUUCAACAACAGCUUUGAAUCAGAGGCGGUGCCGGGGACCAUCCCAAGAGGACAGAAUAACCCGAGAAACGUGAGAUUCGGUCUCUAUGCCGAGCAGAUGACGGGUACUGCUUUCGUCGCACCAAGACACUUGAACAAAAAGGCAUGGUUGUAUAGGGCGAGACCAGCGGUUGCCCAUCAAGGAUUCACGGAUCUACCGGAUAACGAGGAUACCGAGGCAAACUUCCUCCCCAUCAACAAGCGUGUCCACGUGUCCCCCACACAGCUCGCCUGGCUUCCUUUCGACGUUCCAACAGAUGGAGAAAUCGACUUCAUCUCAGGGCUCAAGAGUAUCGCUGGGUCCGGAGAUCCAACGCUCCGAGAAGGACUAGCCGUCCACACCUUCCUCGCGAAUGCGAGCAUGAAGAAGAGGGCGACGGUAAAUUCAGAUGGCGACUUCCUGAUUGUUCCUCAACAGGGAGCAUUAGAUAUCCAGACCGAGUUUGGACCGCUUUACGUACAGCCUGGUGAGAUAUGUGUAAUCCAGAGAGGGCAGCGGUUCAAGGUCAACGUUGAGGGACCGACGAGGGGUUACAUCUUGGAAAUCUGGGGUUCAAAUUUCGAGCUACCCGGACUCGGACCAUUAGGAGCGAACGGACUUGCCAACGCUCGAGACUUCUUACACCCAGUCGCAAAAUACCAAAUCGAGCAAGAGCCGUGGGAGAUCGUUUACAAGCUGGGCGGAAAGUUCUUCAAGAGCACGCAGAAUCACUCCCCAUUCGAUGUCGUAGCAUGGCAUGGCAACUACGUCCCGUACAAGUACGACUUGACGAAGUUUGUAAACGUUGGGUCAAUCUCAGUCGAUCAUAUCGAUCCGUCUAUCUUCUGUGUCCUGACGGCGCCAUCUCGCGAUCCGUCUGCACCGCUCGCAGAUUUCUUAAUCUUCAGCCCGCGCUGGGAUGUUGCUUCUCACACUUAUCGCCCACCGUACUACCAUCGCAACGGAGCUUCAGAGCUCAUGGGCCUGAUCUACGGCGAAUACGCGGGCCGCUCUGACGAGUUCCAGCCUGGUGGCGUGAGCUUUGAAUGUGGUUUCGUUCCACAUGGAGUUGCCUAUGAAGAGUUCAAAGCCGCCAGUGCACAGCCACCUCCGGAGAUGCAGAUCUCCAAGGGCGCUAUCGCUUUCAUGAUGGAGAGCUCAAGAAUGUUCACGAUCACGGACUGGGCGUGGAACAGCAAGAAGAAGCACGAGCACGAUCCCAAGAUGUGGGACAAUCUUGUCGACAACUUCUCAACCCACAAAGACGAAGUCGAGAAGAUAUUGGCUGAGGGCGUAAAGAAGCUCGGCGUGAACGGUCGUUAGUUCUCGAAGUGGUCUUGCUGUGGCGCGGUGAACUGAAGACAUGCAAGUCUGACCAUAGCCCGCGGCAAGCUGUCUAAGCGUUUGGCACUACCAAUCAAGCUCUGUUGGGUGCCAGCAUGUCUUGGGACAUACAAUAGGAGUGCAGUCUGGUUGAGACGUAGAAUGGAAUCAUCUUAGCCCAUGGCCAGAUCUGACUUGGAGUUUUAGGGCACAAUAUGAGCGUUCAGUGUAAAAAAAAUCGACCCUGU